GGUAAGGAAGCCAUUUUGUGGUGUCGCAGUGCAGUGUUACGUUGUUCAUCAAUUUUCGUCUACUUUACAUGGGAGUAUUACUUUUUGUUGUGGUUCGAAUUAUCACAACAAAUAAACAGUUUUGAUAAACUUAUAGUAAAUUUUGAAAGUUAGUAAAAUGGAGCAGGACGUUGAUACAGGAUACAGAAAUGUAUGCGGCACUUGUCUGAGCGGUGAUCGAGAUUUAUUUGAUUUAAAUAAUUCACCGCAGGUUUAUCUAAUAUUCCGUUUAUUAAUGUACGAUUUCGCGGGUGAUAGGUUUGGAGAAUCUGUACCAGAGAUGGAUCACCUAGUUUGCUGGGAAUGCCUGGCUUUGAUGAAGAGGUUCCAGAAGUUCAAAUGGCAAGUCCACAGCGCUCAGGAGCAUCUCCGAGUGUUGGCGUUGAGCAGGACGCAGGAGACCGUGGACCACACAUACAUGUCUCACUCGCUCUCAAACUUGGAGAUAGAGACAAAAGCAGAGUACGACAAGAUAUACUUUGAAUACUCUCCGUCUCCCGAAGACCGGGCGUACAUCAUCUCACACACUCAAAGUGUUAAGAGUGAGAACUAUGAAGUGGCUCAAGUCGUGAGGGACAGUAAUCUGCUGGAUAUUGAAGAUCAUAUUCUUGAAGUACCACAGAUAGUGUUAGAGAAUCCUGUAACGGGUGUUAUGUCUCACAUAGUAGUCGGAACAGAUGCUCUCGUGUCUUCCGAUCCUCUCACACAUACUAUUAAAGAGGAUAUGCCGCAUCUUACUGUUGGGCCUAUAACAUCAUCAAAAAUUGAAACAGUAAUUAUGUGUCAAGAGAGAAAACCGAAAAUUGAAAAAACGGACCCGAAAUUAGGAUAUGUUACUGAAUACAUGAGCGAAACUGAAAUGCUGGCUUAUAGAGAGGAAGCUAAGCAGAAAGUUCAAUACGCGAGUUCUGUUUACAAAUGCGAGCUUUGUAUCAUUGGUUUCUAUAAUCAGCAGCAAGUUGAAGAUCAUUUCGUGUCUGCUCAUAGAGCGAAACCCGGCCAAAUAGCCUGCAAAGUCUGCUACUGCUACAUAGCAGAGAACGACUUAUCUUCCCAUACCGCAUCCCACUACUAUCGCUACCGGUGCAAGCUGUGUCCGCACGCGGAGUACACCUGCAAGCCGAUACAGCAGCACGUGGCCGCACAUCUCAGUAGACACACUAACAACGCUACCAUCAAGAUUGUGAACAACAACACUGCUAAGGGUCGUAAAAAGAAAGGUAAAGAUAAAGAUGCGGUGUCAACGCCUCCUAAGCCGGGUGAUCUGCGCAAGUUGCUGUCUAAAACGUCUAUAGAGGGGUACCAGUGUUUGGAGUGCGAUAUGUUUUUCAAGAAUUCCCGCGCCCGCAAGAACCACGUGGCUCGAUACCAUAGAGAAGGAUUACAAUGUGACCACUGUAAGAAGAGAUUUGUUAACAGAACUACUUUGGCGACGCAUCUUAAGCUCCACGAAGGACCGCUACCCCGCUCCGAAUGUCCGAUCUGCCACAAGAUGGUUCGAGUCAUCCAGCUCAAAUACCACAUCCAACGCCACGAGAACAAGAGCCGCUACUCGUGUGUGGACUGCAACAAGACGUUCUCGCACUUAGCCACGUACCAGGCGCAUCUCAAGUACUCCCGGGCGCAUGCCAGCGAACACGUCUUCAAAUUCCCGUGUCCGAUGUGCAACAAGGGCUACCCGUCUAAAGAAGCGAUGCAGGACCAUUUUAACUACCAACAUCUCGGAAAAACUGUACACAAGUGCCCUAUUUGUGAAAAGCCAAUAGCAUCAAGAGCGAACGUAGAAAAGCAUCUAAUGCGAGUUCACGGACAAAAGAAAGAGAAACCGCGGAACCACAUAUGUCAAGAAUGCGGGAAGGCAUUCACUGACAAAAAAGCUCUCACGCAGCACGAAGUAAUUCACUCUGGCGAACGACCUUUAUCCUGUGACAUAUGUCAACAGACUUUCAAGCAAAAAGCAUCCUUAUAUACACAUAGAAAGAGAGUACAUAAAGUGUUUCCUGCAAAACGACAUGUUGAGUACAUGCAAGACAGUGUACAGCACUGUAAAAUUGAGAGAAUCGUGUGAACAUGAUAUAUAUAAGAAGAUUAGCCAGCUCAUCAUCCCCUGAGCAUGUUCCCAAGCCUAUGUUGGGGUCGGCUUCCAGUCUAACCGGAUGCAGCUGAGUACCAGUGUGCUACAAGGAGCGACUGCCUAACCUCCUCAGCCCGGGCAACUUGAUACCCGUUGGUUAGACUGGUGUCAGACUUACUGGCUUCUGACUACCCGUAACAACUGCCAAGGAUGUUCAAUGACAACCGGGAUCUACAGUUUAACGUCAUCGAAACACAGUCGGAUCAGUCAGCUGCGCAGGACAUAUUAUAGUUUGUGCACAUUUGCUUGGACUGCGGUGCACUCACUAUUCCUUCACUCUCAUAGCGCGAUGUGACGACAAUCCGACACCACCGGAGAGAGAUCACUAGCAGGACAGUAACAUGCUCUCUGAUGCAAUUUUCUUACCGAUCAUGGUGUCAUUUCCUAUCUUGUAAUUGGCAAAAUUUUCGAAAAUAUCGCAGAAGCUAUAUAAUUAAAAAUCUACCGAAUAGAAUAUUGAAAACGACCACUGUAUAGUAUCCCAAUUUACGGCCAGUUUCUUCAUCAAAAGUAAAAGCAAAGUAAUGUCAUAAAGUAAAAGUAACUGCCAAAUUAGUUUUUCACGAUUUUAACUAUACCUAUGUUUUGCUGUUACUUUAGCCUUGAAAAACGAAUUUGACCGUUACUUUUACUUAUGACAUUACUUUGGCUUUUACUUUUGAUGAAGAAACUGGCUAAAUGAAUACAAUAGACUAGUUUCAGAACUGCUGUAAAUAAUUUAAAUGUUUGUGUUCGUUUGUAAUAGAAUAAGUUUUUUUUGUAUUUAUUUGAGACGAUUAUUUGAUAAUAAAAUGUACCUAUAGUACACUUGAGUGGGCACUUAACUAAAGUAAAUAAUCUUGAUAGGACUUUUUACACAAAUAAUAUAAUGUCGGGACACCUUUUCACACACGGUUGGUUAGCCCCAUGCUAAGUUAUUAUAAUAAUAUUCAUUUAUUUGCUCAGAAUGUAGGUAUUUACAAUAAGGUGUUUACAGAAAUGUUGAAGCAUCCUAGUACAUUCUACCAUUUUGGCAUGCAAACAUUUGAUUGAUGCAAUUCAUCAUUACACAUACUUAAGCAACUAAAAAGUGUCAGCUAGAAAGUCAGGCUAGGAGUUGUAAAAUUAAUUAACUUUGGUUAUGGGUGGUAGGUAACACAACUGAAAAAUUACAUACAGCUACUGAUAAAUACAUAUUAAAUGAUUCAAAUGGUUGAGUUAUUGUAAUUAUAUUGAAUUUUAACCGGAUUUUACAUUGAAACAGAGUCUUUUUUAAUAAAAAGUAAUAUCAAGAUUUUUUAUCUCAUAAAUGUCUAUUCAAACGGAGUGUCAAUGAUGCAAGUCUUCCAAGAUAUUUCAAAGCCAAGUUAAUACAAAAAAAAACAGUAUUUUUAAAUGAAACUCGAAAGGAUAUAUAAUAUAAUGACUAUAAAUGCGUGAUAUGAUAGGUAACAAUUAUAUGAAUUUUGAAAUACCAAUGUUUUUAGCUUGGUUGAAACUUUCCCAAAAAAUACGUUUUUUUUUAAAGUGACUAUAUUUAUGUACCUUAGAAGAUGGCAAUUUUUUAAUUAUUUUAGAGUUCCUGACAUGAAAUAAUAUAUAUAUUUUUUAAUUUUUGUGUCAUAGAAACAUAAUCUGUCGUACCACAAAAACUUUUAAACGUCUAAAAGCACUUGUCUAAAAAAAUGUUAGACUAUGACCUUCAGAUAAGGUCCGUUUUGCAGCCACUUUUUAGACAAGUGUUCAACUGAUGUUUAAGUUUUUGUAGUAAGGCUGUUUAGUUUCUUACGGCCAGUUUCUUCAUCAAAAGUAAAAGUCAAAGUAAUGUCUAAAGUAAAAGUAACGGUCAAAUUAGUUUUUUCAAGGCUAAAGUGACAGCAAAACCAAUAGAAAAAAUGAAUUUGACCGUUACUUUUACUUUAGACAUUACUUUGACUUUUACUUUUGAUGAAGAAACUGGGUGUUAGUGUUUUUGUAACUAUACUCGGGUGAUGAUGACAUAAAUGGAAUCUCUGUAUGUUGUCAAUCCGUGUAUGUACUAUACCUAAUAAUACAUACACGGAUUGUACAGAAUUGUCUCUCAAAUAAGUAUAAGUAUGGCUUAUUUACUUAUUGCUAUGUAAAUAGUUGUCUCGAUUUUAUAUAAAAAAAUAUCUAAAUGCAGUGUUAUUUAGGAUAAUGUUAUUCUAUAAUAUGUAUUUGCUAUUGUUGCUAAGUAUUAAAAAAAAUCAUAAACUCGAAUGUAUAGACAGCAGGUCAACCUGUAAUCUGACAAAUUUCAUCAUCAUCAUCUGCGAGCCUUUUCCCAACUAUGUUGGGGUUGGCUUCCAGUCUAACCGGAUGCAGCUGAGUACCAGUGUGCCACAAGAAGCGACUGAAUAUCUGACCUCAACUCAGUUACCCGGGCAACCCAAAAUUUACCAAUCGAACAUUAACCUUCCACUAUUGAGAUAAGAUUGUCUAACUGGGUUGAGAGUGUCAGACAGGGCAGUCGUUCCUUGUAAAGCACUGGUACUCAGCUGCAUCCGAUUAGACUGGAAGCCGACCUCAACAUAGUUGGAAGAAAGGCUCGGAGAAUGAUGAUAUUUAGGUGUGCGUUCGCGCAGCGGAAUGUUGUCGAAUUUAAAGAUUUUAAUUAUGCAGAUAAUUAGUGUAAGACGUCCUAUAAUUGUGUAUGGUAAAUAAAAAUUUGUGUAUGCAGCCAUUGUGGAGAAAUUCACCAAAAACAGAUUCCGCUGGGCGAACGUUGGCGAACGUUGUCCUGGCGGAACUUUUUUUAAUCCAUAGACUUUAGAAGAAAAAAGAUGUGUCCGAAAAUUAGUGUGUAUUUGUGUAUAAUUGAUUAUGUAUGAAUGAAAUCAGUGCAUGCAUAAACUUCGGAGAAAUUCAAGUUUCCGCUACGCGAACGUUUGGCCAUUAGCUAGUUUUCAUAUAAAGCGCUUACAUAGAGAGCUGUAGAUUUUUACAUACGUUGUUUUGAAUUUGUUUAUAUUUGUUUAAAAAACAGAUUUAGAAAAAGUCGCAGGAUUUAAAAGAUAAAAAUAUAAACGUAAAAUACACUUAUUAGGUCUUAGUUCUUAAAGUAUGCAGUUUGGGGUCUAGAUUUUCACGUUUACACAAACCUUGUAAGUGUCUCCAACAUGUUGCCAAGUAUCAAUGAUGUUCCGUUAGUAAUUAAAAAGUUAUAGGAUAUUUUACCAUGAACAGAUAACUGUUUAAAAAGCAGUCGAAUAUCACGACGUUCUAAAGGAAUUGCAUGGUAAAAUGUAUGCCAAUAAUUAGUUUAAUCAUUCAACUAUUCACUUGCAAAAUUUCAUGUCAUUAAAUUCAGUAAUUAAAGAAAGACAAUUAUAAUACUGACGGAGCAUCGAAACCCUACAUAAUCCGACCAAGUUCGGAUAGCUACAAAAAAGCGGCCGUGCCAUAUGUCUAAGCAACGUUCUUAACUUGUAAGGUUAGUAUAUUUAUUAAUAUGGUACAGUUGCGUACACAAGCGUUAGGAAAAAAUAAAACAAUUGCAUUUCUUGAAUGAAAAAUAUUUGUUUAAUAAUAAUGCCACUAUCUACGACAUUUUAGUUAAAAUACGUAACGUUUAUUAACGUUAUUUUUAAUCACGUAGUCAAGUAAUUUAUGUAAGUAAUAAUAAUAAAAAUAUUUUUGUACACGGAUAUUUAAAUAGAGAAGUACUUGUUAAUUGAAAAUUUAUUUUUAUCGUAGAUAGUGGCAUUAUUAUUAAAAAAAUAUUUUUCAAUCAAGAACUACAAUUGUUUUAUUUUUUCCUAACGCUUGUGUACGCAACUGUACCAUAUUAAUAAAUACUAACCUACCAAGUUAAGAACGUUGCUUAGACAUAUGGCACAGCCGCUUUUUUGUAGCUAUCCGAACUUGGUCGGAUUAUGUAGGGUUUCGAUGCUCCGUCAGUAUUAUAAUUGUCUUUCUUUAAUUACUGAAUUUAAUGACAUGAAAUUUUGCAAGUGAAUAGUUGAAUGAUUAAACUAAUUAUUGGCAUACAUUUUACCAUGCAAUUCCUUUAGAACGUCGUGAUAUUCGACUGCUUUGUAAACAGUUAUCUGUUCAUGGUAAAAUAUCCUAUAACUUUUUAAUUACUAACGAAACAUCAUUGAUACUUGGCAACAUGUUGGAGACACUUACAAGGUUUUGUGUAAACGUGAAAAUCUAGACCCCAAACUGCAUACUUUAAGAACUAAGACCUAAUAAGUGUAUUUUACGUUUAUAUUUUUAUCUUUUAAAUCCUGCGACUUUUUCUAAAUCUGUUUUUUAAACAAAUAUAAACAAAUUCAAAACAACGUAUGUAAAAAUCUACAGCUCUCUAUGUAAGCGCUUUGUAUGAAAACUAGCUAAUGGCCAAACGUUCGCGUAGCGGAAACUUGAAUUUCUCCGAAGUUUAUGCAUGCACUGAUUUCAUUCAUACAUAAUCAAUUAUACACAAAUACACACUAAUUUUCGGACACAUCUUUUUUCUUCUAAAGUCUAUGGAUUAAAAAAAGUUCCGCCAGGACAACGUUCGCCAACGUUCGCCCAGCGGAAUCUGUUUUUGGUGAAUUUCUCCACAAUGGCUGCUUACACAAAUUUUUAUUUACCAUACACAAUUAUAGGACGUCUUACACUAAUUAUCUGCAUAAUUAAAAUCUUUAAAUUCAACAACAUUCCGCUGCGCGAACGCACACGAUAUUUAGAUAGGUUGAAAAUCUACUGAAGAAAUUUGACUAAGGUAGGUUGAUGUGCUGUAGUACAAAACUACAUAUUACGUCGCAUAGUUUGAGUUAGAUGAUUUUUGUACAGGCUCAUAAGUUUUUGUAAUAAAAUGUGGUUAGUAGUCAAUUCGCACGGAUUUUACUCCCACGCAAGUGCGAAUCGCGACUUUAAGGCUAAGAACUCACGAAGCGAUUUUCACCCGCGACCGCCGCGGCUGCGGGCGCGUAGCUUCUGUAGAAAGCAGAUAUACAUGUAAAAAAUUAAAGCACAUUUCACGACGCGUUUUACGCCCGCAGUCUGCGCGUUUGUUUGCGGGUCCCGCUGCACCGGCGGGCAACUAGUAGAAUCGCGCGGGCCGCGGUCACCCGCAGCCUCGGCGGGUUGCGCCCGCGCGUUCCGCGGUCGAUUGGCCGGCGAUCGCAGUAGCGCAGAGGCUGCCCGUCUUGCGUCUUGCGAUCAUUGCCCGCCACGUUUGCGGGCGAUAAUCUCAACCGCUACGGCUGUGUAACCGCGCAAAUAACCGGUCUCGUGAGUUUGGAAAUAAAAACGCAGUUCCGCCACCGCGGCGGGCACGGUUCAAAAUCGCUCCGUGAGUUCUUAGCCUAAAAGAAUUAUUUUUACGUAGGCAACUUGCACAAAUGCAAAAUUAUAGUAGGCGAAUGGGAUCCUUCAAGAGUGUAGUAGGCAAUUCUCACACAAAUAUCUUGAGAAAAAUAAUAGCCAAUGUGUUAAAGGAUAACCAACAGAACCCAUUUCUAGCAUUUUUGGAAUUCUCUCACUAUAAAAUCACAUAAGUUACGUACAGAAAAUAUAAUAUUUUAAGAAAGUCGCGAUUCAUAUUUUCGGGCGAACUGACUACUAACCCAAAAUGUCGAUACUUUUUUAUGUCAAUGUGUUCGAAAUAAUCCUAUUUAAUAGAGCGAUGCGAUGUUAAAGCCUUAUAUAAAUUUUAACCUUGCAUUGGAACUAUGCAUAGAAUAUUAAUGAAGUGCAACUUACGACAUUAUGAUAAAAUAUAUUUUAUUUACAAAUAAAUUAAUAAUUAUAGAU